GGUGCUGCACCGGCCGCGGGCCGCGCUGGGGAGCCGGGCUCGCGAGCGACGAGCGGCGGGGCGGAGGAGGGGCCCGGGGAACCCUAGCGAGGGCCGCGGGGCCGGACGGGGGCGAGCGGGAGGCUCCACUUCCGACCCUGCGCCGGACGCGCGGCCCACCGGGAGGACGCGUCCCGGUCCGGGGCUCUCUUCCGGGAGCCACACCCUUCGCCGGCUCCCCGCCUGCCCCCGCAGUGCGGCCGAGGCCCGCGGGGGACGGGGACGGGGCUGUGCGGGGCUCCAGCUCCACCUCCUGGCUCGACCCCGCCCGGGCCUGCCGCGGCUCGCGUCCGUCACUGGGGCGGGCGCCGGGCCCCGUGUAGGGGACCCCACGCUGCUUAAACCCGGCUCGGUUCCUGAUCGCCCGCGGCAGAGGUUUUUAACCUGGGGUUCACACCCCGGGAGCGGGGCGUCCGAGGACGGCUUGCAAGAAGGGUUCUCUGCACACCCGGAAUUAUAAACCGCAUUACGGGAGAGGGGCACCAUGACUCCUGUGAGGACCCAGCACGCCUUGGCAGGUCAGAGCUAUGCAGUGCCCCUCAUCCAGCCAGAUCUGCGGCGAGAGGAGGCCAUCCAGCAGGUGGCAGAUGCCCUGCAGUACCUACAGAAGGUCUCUGGAGACAUCUUUAGCAGGAUCUCCCAGCGUGUAGAGCUGAGCCGGAGCCAGCUGCAGGCCAUUGGGGAGAGGGUCUCCUUGGCCCAGGCCAAGAUCGAGAAGCUCAAGGGCAGCAAGAAGGCCAUCAAGGUGUUCUCCAGUGCCAAGUACCCAGCUCCAGAGCGCCUGCAGGAAUACAGUUCCAUCUUCAUAGGUGCCCAGGACCCUGGCCUGCAGAGACGCCCUCGCCACAGGAUCCAGAGCAAGCACCGCCCCCUGGACGAGCGAGCCCUGCAGGAGAAGCUGAAAUACUUCCCUGUGUGUGUGAGCACCAGGCUGGAGCCUGAGGAUGAGGCCGAGGAGGGGCUCGGGGGUCUUCCCAGCAACAUCAGCUCCGUCAGCUCCUUGCUGCUCUUCAACACCACUGAGAACCUGUACAAGAAGUAUGUCUUCCUGGACCCCCUGGCUGGUGCUGUAACAAAGACCCACGUGAUGCUGGGGGCAGAGACGGAGGAGAAGCUGUUUGACGCACCUCUGUCCAUCAGCAAGAGGGAGCAGCUGGAGCGGCAGGUUCCAGAGAACUACUUCUAUGUGCCAGACCUGGGCCACGUGCCCGAGAUCGACGUGCCAUCGUACCUCCCUGACCUGCCUGGCAUCGCUGACGACCUCAUGUACAGUGCCGACCUGGGCCCUGGCAUUGCCCCAUCUGCCCCUGGUGCCAUUCCAGAGCUGCCCACCUUCCAUACAGAGGUAGCUGAGCCUUUCAAGCCAGACCUAGAAGAUGGGGUACUGACAGCACCCCCACCACCCCCACCACCCCCUCCACCUCCCCUGGCUCCUGUAGUGAUGGACAGUGGCCCCCCACUCCCACCCCCGUCACAGACUGUGGCCUCUGCAGGCCAAGGCGCCAGGGAGGACAGCAGCGAUGGCAGCACGUCUCCUGCAGCUCUAGUCCAGGGAGCUCCCAAGGAAGUGGUUGACCCCUCCAGUGGCCGGGCCACUCUGCUGGAGUCCAUCCGCCAAGCUGGGGGCAUCGGCAAGGCCAAGCUGCGCAGCGUCAAGGAGCGCAAGCUGGAGAAGAAGAAACAGAAGGAGCAGGAACAAGUGAGAGCCACAAGCCAAGGUGGAGACCUGAUGUCAGAUCUCUUCAACAAGCUGGUCAUGAGGCGCAAAGGUAUCUCUGGGAAAGGACCUGGAACAGGGGCCAGCGAGGGGCCAGGAGGAGCCUUCGCCCGAAUGUCAGACUCCAUCCCGCCUCUGCCUCCCCCACAGCAGCCACCGGGAGAGGACGAGGAUGACUGGGAAUCCUAGGGGUCUCAGCACUCCUUCCUCCCCCAACCCAGACUUGGGCUGUGGCCCUCAGACAGACACAGCCGGGACAGCCCCCUUGGUGGGACAGGGAUGGUGCAGGACUGCCCUACGUCUGUGCUGGGCCUUCUUCAGGGAGCGGGUAGGUUGCAUGAAACCGUUAAGUGUGGGGUGGGAGGGGCUCGCUCUCCACCUGUGCCCCACCGUGUGCCUGCUCUACCGUGUGCUCUACCCUUCAGCGUGUGCUCUUCUCGAAAGAGACUUGAAAACAGCACCAUGAAUCAAUAAAGGACGAUGUAAGA